GACAGAGCGAUCAGGCCUUGCUGCGGGCAGCCGGUGAGAAGGCAGGGAAGAUGGCGGCCUCCUGGAGGCUAGGCUGUAACCUACGGGUGCUGCGCUAUCUCCUAGCCUUUGGCGGCCGGAGAGGCCUGGACCUGCUUAAGGAGCCUGCAGGAUGGUCUGUCGGCCGCGGAGCUAGUUGGAGAUGGUUUCACAGCGCGCAGCGGCUGCGGGCUGAUCCUAUUAAAAUACUAAUGCCGUCACUGUCUCCUACAAUGGAAGAAGGGAACAUUGUGAAAUGGCUGAAAAGAGAAGGUGAAGCUGUGAGUGCUGGAGAUGCCUUAUGCGAAAUAGAGACCGACAAAGCUGUAGUUACCUUAGAUGCAAGUGAUGAUGGCAUCUUGGCCAAAAUAGUGGUUGAAGAAGGAUCUAAAAAUAUACGACUAGGUUCACUAAUUGGCUUGCUAGUGGAAGAAGGAGAAGAUUGGAAACAUGUUGAAAUUCCCAAAGACGUAGGGCCUCCACCAGCAGCUUCCAAACCGUCAGUGCCUCACCCCUCACCGGAACCACAGAUUGCUGUCCCUGUCAAAAAGGAACACACACCGGGGAAACUACAAUUUCGUUUAAGUCCAGCUGCCCGUAAUAUUCUGGAAAAACACUCACUGGAUGCUAACCAGGGCACAGCCACUGGCCCUCGGGGGAUCUUCACUAAAGAGGAUGCUCUCAAGCUUGUCCAGUUAAAACAGAUGGGCAAGAUCACUGAAACCAGACCAACCCCAGCCCCUCCAAUAACUCCCACUGCGCCUUUGCCCUCAGAGGCCACAGCCAAGCCAUCUUAUCCCCGGCCAAUGAUCCCACCGGUGUCAACUCCUGGACAGCCUAAUGCAGAGGGCACAUUCAUUGAAAUCCCUGCUAGCAAUAUUAGAAGAGUUAUUGCCAAGAGGUUAACUGAAUCUAAAAGUACUGUACCUCAUGCAUAUGCUACUGCUGAUUGUGACCUUGGAGCUGUCUUAAAAGUUAGACAGAAUCUGAUCAAAGGUGACCUUAAAGUAUCAGUAAAUGAUUUUAUCAUUAAGGCAGCAGCCGUCACCCUUAGACAAAUGCCCAGUGUUAAUGUAAGCUGGGAUGGAGAGGGCCCAAAGCAACUGCCCUUUAUUGAUAUUUCAGUGGCUGUGGCAACAGAUAAAGGUUUAAUUACACCAAUCAUAAAAGAUGCUGCUGCUAAGGGUUUACAGGAAAUUGCUGACUCUGUAAAGGUUCUAUCAAAGAAAGCAAGAGAUGGAAAAUUAUUGCCUGAAGAGUACCAAGGAGGAUCUUUUAGUAUUUCCAACUUGGGGAUGUUUGGCAUCGAUGAAUUUACUGCAGUGAUCAACCCUCCUCAGGCCUGCAUUUUGGCUGUUGGGAGAUUCCGACCUGUGCUGAAGCUCACUCAGGAUGAAGAGGGAAAUGACAAACUCCAGCAGCACCAGCUCAUCACAGUCACAAUGUCAAGUGACGGCCGAGUGGUAGAUGAUGAACUAGCUACCAGGUUUCUUGAAAGUUUUAAAGCAAACCUGGAGAAUCCUAUUCUGCUUGCCUAGUCCUCAAAGCUAGAGUUGUUAACAGAAAUAUAUACUAUGUGAAAAAAUUAGGUAUUUAAGUGUGAAGUGGAUGAAAUGUUGUUUAUUUAAGGUGAAGGAAUUUGACCCAAGUUGUCUUCAUUUUCAACUUGGGUUUCAUAUUGUAGAAAUAAAUGAUAACAAACUGUUUCUAAUAAAAGAAGGAGAACAUUUGUUUAGUCAGAGCCAUUUUUAACCUCUGGUGCUGUACAAAAAGGGUGUUAAUAAACUAGAUGUAAGUUAUAUUAUAUGUUUGGCUCCUUGAAGCAUUUUAGAAUAUUUGAGAAUGUAUGAUAAAUUGUAAACUAAACAAAUUGUUAUAAUUCUACUUAAUUGUAUUGAAAUUAGAAAUGAUCUUCAAAGAGAUGCCCAUUAAUUUAGCAGUGGGACCUCACUUUUACAGUACUGCUCUAGAUAUACUUGAACAAUUUAAUAUGUACAGAAUAUGUAAUAUCCUGGAGAAUAGUAAAUAAAUAAGGAUCACAUUGUAUUAGGGGUUUUGGCAACAUUAUUGAAUUUUUUAUGUAUAUAAAGCCAUAUGUUUUAGAGUGCUUUCUAUCAGUCUUAUUUUUCACUUCUGUAUCACUGUGAACUUCUGAAGAAGAAGAAAAAAUCAAAAAUGAAGAGACCAAAAAAUUUGUUUGUUUCAAUGGUAAACUACAGUUUAAAUAUCUGUACCCUCAGAAGUAACUGCUUGCCUUUAUAAUAAGAUGGAAUAUAUUAAAAUAAAUUAUGCUAUUUCCUCCAAACA